CUCUUCAAUCUCUCAAUUGAAAAAUGUCAGGGCGCGGAAAGGGCGGCAAGGGUUUGGGGAAGGGCGGAGCCAAACGACACCGUAAGGUGCUCAGGGAUAACAUCCAGGGCAUCACCAAGCCGGCUAUCCGCCGUUUGGCUCGCAGAGGCGGCGUCAAGCGUAUCAGCGGCCUCAUCUACGAGGAGACACGUGGCGUCCUGAAGAUCUUCCUUGAGAACGUCAUCCGCGACGCCGUUACUUACACCGAGCACGCUCGCCGGAAAACCGUCACGGCCAUGGAUGUCGUUUACGCUCUCAAGAGGCAGGGCCGUACUCUCUAUGGAUUCGGUGGUUAGGGUUUCAAUUGAUGGAUGUUUAGGACUAAGCUUUCUAUUCCUAGUAGUUUUAUUAGAUGAUUAGGGUUUAUCGACUGUGGGCUCUGUAAUCAGAUUCCCCCCCCCCCUUUUUUUUUUCCUCCCGAAAUGAAUAUUAAAUUCUCAAUAUAUCUUUCAAUUUAUGCUAUUUCUCGAUUCCAAUUGA